GUUACCAGUAACAUACCGCUACCCAGAUAUCAAAGACCAGAAUAAAAUGCUGUUGGGAUCAGUGAGGUUCAGUUUGCUACUAAUUGUUACAGGAUUACCCCACGAUGUGACGUCACUUAUUUCGCCCGAAUUUCAAGACCGAAAUGGCAUCAUUGCUUCCAUAGAUGGCUACAUACCACGGUGCCCAGGGUGUGUUGUGUUUGGUAAGGACGAUCUUUUAGUCUACGGCAGCAUGCACGUACCACAAGACAAGAUGCACCUCAUGGACAAUGCCUACUUCAUUACCGAGGUUUGCGGCUUCGACAUGGAUUGUAGCGAAUAUGAAUAUCCUUGGAUGUCGUGGUGCUUUUUCCACCCGGAGUUUACCAAGGGCUGUGACUCCGUCAAGAGGACCUAUGAACACGAAUGCUACUGCCAAGAUGCUGAACCCAAGCGCUGGUACGCCUACCUCCAUGGCGUGCUUUUCGAGCGGACUGACAUGACCAUCAGAUUCUUCUUUGAGCCCGACGCUGAGAACGGAAUAUGGGAGUACAGACCACCGUUAAUUGCGAACUCGACUCUAAAAAUACAGGAUCUAAUUGAUCGUGGACACAUUGUGUUCGACCGCAAAGUUUCUGAUGCUAGAAGAUCAACUAACCGGUCUACUUGCCGGACAUCAGAUUUUUCACUUCAGAUGACCUCAGUGGCCAUAAUCUUAGCAAUCGUUGGUUUGGUCACGUGAUAGGAUUAAAUACACCUGUUGGCCAGAAUUGGAUUUGAUCCGACGAUGAGAAAGAAAUACCACGACAACACACCUUUAGUCAACUUACCCAAGGUUACACUGCUCACACGCGAUUUAUUUUUAGAAUUUUAGCCACCAUUUUGUUUUCUUACAUUUUCUAUCAGCUUGUUCGCAUUAUUUUAAGUAGGAUGCAGCAAAACAUGCCUAAACACCAGUACGAACGAUUUAAGUCGAAGGUUGUAGGGGAUUGAAAUACAUUUUAUAGCAUAUGAAUCUAUUAACACUGCGAAUAAAUUCAAUUCAAGGUAAUUUAAAACAUGUAGGUAGAUAAAUAAAGAAGACAAUUUUAAACAUGUAAAUACAAUAGUUUCUUAAAGCAUGUCUGUUGUUAGUUGUGUAUUCAUAUAUAUUAAUUAAA